UUUAAUUUCUUUUUCAAAGACAAACAUGGCCAUGAGUGAGGAUCAUGAUGAUGAUGUUUAUGUUGGUUUCAUGUGGGAAAAUCAAUCAUGGAGUGAUAUCUUGAAUUCUGAGAAUAUAGGUGAGAGUAGCAAACAAAAGUUAGACAUGAAAUCAUUGAACCAUAAAAAAAGACUUCAUGAUGGAGAAGUUCUUGGGAAUAAAAAACGAAGUCGAGGCGGGGGUGUGAUUAGAAGUGAGAAUGAUAUGAAUGGUGAAGUUAAAGAUGAAAUGUAUCGUGAUUUAGAUCAUGAAAUGCAUAUCUUAACUGAGAGAGAAAGGAGAAAGAAAAUGAGAAACAUGUUCUCCGACCUCCAUGCUCUGCUUCCUGAACUACCUUCUAAGGCGGAUAAAUACACAAUUGUGGAUGCAACAGUAAAGAAAAUAAAAAAUCUACAAAACACUAUUGAAAACUUAGAAAAGAAGAAGCAAGAAAAGCUUAAAUGUGUAUCUGUAUUCGGAAGUGAGUCAUCAUCUGUGAUCAAAAAAUCACAUUGGCAUCCCUAUGAAUCAAGGGAAACAAUCAUUACUGAUCAUGGAUCCUCAAGUUAUAAUGAUAAUUUUUCUACUAGUGAAAUGACAACUUCAUUUCCCAAUUCAAAAGCAUUAGCACAGUCUGCAUCUCCACCGCAUCAAGUAGCUUUUCAAACUUGGUCUUAUCAAAAUGUUGUAUUAAACAUUCGGGGUGGUGAAGCACAAUUUUGCAUAUGUGCUACUAAAAUGUUAGGUCUUUUGACAAAGAUUGCUUUUGUGUUGGAAAAAUAUAGGAUUGAUGUUAUAUCUACCAGCAUUACAUGCAAUGAAAAUGGAAAAUUCUACAUGAUCCAAGCUCAUGCUAGGCAAUGUCUACAUGAUUCAAUUUCAAUGGAGGAAACUUACAAGCAAGCUGCUAGAGAAAUUAUGAUGUGGAUCUCUUAAAAUUUAGAUUAUAGAAUUUGUCGUUGUAUUCCGUAUGAUUUUUAAUUUAGUUUUUUUCUUCCAAAAAUGUUAGAAAUGGCCAAACUUACAUUAUUG